CCUCCUCGCCAACGCCCCCUUCCCCUCUCCCCCUCCCAGCUCGGCGCAGGCCCCCCAUCCCCACCCCCGUGGGAACGUUCGGAGCCUGCACUCCUCAGACCCUCUCCUCGCCUCUUCCCUCACCUCAGCCCCCGCUCCCCGCCCUCUUCCCGGCCCUGGGCGCCGGCCGACCGGUCCCUCCGCCGCCCCCGGCCGCGGGAGGACAUGCCGCGCACAGGCCGGUGGAAUGGGUCCAGGCCGUGGUCAGCCGCUUCGACGAGCAGCUUCCAAUAAAAACAGGACAACAGAACACACAUACCAAAGUCAGUACUGAACACAACAAGGAAUGUCUUAUUAAUAUUUCCAAAUACAAGUUUUCUUUGGUAAUAAGCGGCCUCACCACUAUCUUAAAGAAUGUUAACAAUAUGAGAAUAUUUGGAGAAGCUGCUGAAAAAAAUUUAUAUCUCUCUCAGUUGAUUAUAUUGGAUACACUGGAAAAAUGUCUUGCUGGGCAACCAAAGGACACAAUGAGAUUAGAUGAAACAAUGUUGGUGAAACAGUUGCUGCCAGAAAUCUGCCAUUUUCUUCACACCUGUCGUGAAGGAAACCAACAUGCAGCUGAACUUCGGAAUUCUGCUUCUGGGGUUUUAUUUUCUCUCAGCUGCAAUAACUUCAAUGCAGUUUUUAGUCGCAUUUCUACGAGGUUACAGGAAUUGACUGUUUGUUCAGAAGACAAUGUUGAUGUUCAUGAUAUAGAAUUGUUACAAUAUAUCAAUGUGGAUUGUGCAAAAUUAAAACGACUCCUGAAAGAAACCUCACUUAAAUUUAAAGCCCUAAAGAAGGUUGCACAGUUAGCAGUUAUAAAUAGCCUGGAAAAAGCAUUUUGGAACUGGGUAGAAAAUUAUCCAGAUGAAUUUACAAAGCUAUACCAGAUUCCACAGAGUGAUAUGGCUGAAUGUGCAGAAAAGCUGUUUGACUUGGUGGAUAGUUUUGCGGAAAGCACCAAACGUAAAGCAGCAGUUUGGCCACUGCAAAUCAUUCUCCUUAUCUUGUGUCCAGAAAUAAUCCAAGAUAUAUCCAAGGAUGUGGUUGAUGAAAACAACAUGAAUAAGAAGUUGUUUUUGGACAGUCUACGAAAAACACUUGCGGGUCAUGGAGGAAGCCGACAGCUGACUGAAAGUGCUGCAAUUGCCUGUGUCAAAUUGUGCAAAGCAAGUACUUACAUCAAUUGGGAAGAUAAUUCUGUCAUUUUCCUACUAGUUCAGUCCAUGGUGGCUGAUCUUAAGAAUCUGCUUUUUAAUCCAAGUAAACCAUUCUCAAGAGGCAGUCAGCCUGCAGAUGUGGAUCUGAUGAUUGAUUGUCUUGUUUCUUGCUUUCGUAUAAGCCCUCACAACAACCAACACUUUAAGAUCUGCCUGGCUCAGAACUCCCCUUCUACAUUUCACUAUGUGCUGGUAAAUUCACUCCAUCGAAUCAUCACCAAUUCUGCAUUGGAUUGGUGGCCUAAGAUUGAUGCUGUAUAUUGUCAUUCAGUUGAACUUCGAAAUAUGUUCGGUGAAACCCUUCAUAAAGCAGUGCAAGGUUGUGGUGCACACCCAGCAAUACGAAUGGCACCGAGUCUUACAUUUAAAGAAAAAGUAACAAGCCUUAAAUUUAAAGAGAAACCUACGGAUCUAGAGACUAGAAGCUAUAAGUAUCUUCUUUUGUCCAUGGUGAAACUAAUCCAUGCGGAUCCAAAGCUCUUGCUUUGUAAUCCAAGAAAACAAGGACCUGAAACCCAAGGCAGUACAGCAGAACUAAUUACAGGACUAGUGCAACUGGUCCCUCAGUCACACAUGCCUGAGAUUGCUCAGGAAGCAAUGGAGGCUCUGCUAGUUCUUCAUCAGUUAGACAGCAUUGAUUUGUGGAAUCCUGAUGCUCCUGUUGAAACAUUUUGGGAAAUUAGCUCACAAAUGCUUUUUUACAUCUGCAAGAAACUAACUAGCCAUCAGAUGCUUAGUAGCACAGAAAUUCUCAAAUGGUUGCGGGAAAUUUUGAUCUGCAGGAAUAAAUUCCUUCUUAAAAAUAAGCAGGCAGACAGAAGUUCCUGUCAUUUUCUUUUCCUGUAUGGGGUAGGAUGUGAUGUUCCUUCAAGUGGAAAUACCAGUCAUAUGUCCAUGGAUCAUGAGGAGUUACUACGUACUUGUACUCCUGGAACUUCUCUCCGGAAGGGAAAAGGAAACUUAUCCAUGGAUAGUGCAGCAGCAGGGUGCAGUGGAACCCCACCAAUAUGCCGACAAGCCCAGACCAAACUUGAGGUGGCCCUGUAUAUGUUUCUUUGGAGCCCUGACACUGAAGCUGUUCUGGUUGCCAUGUCCUGUUUCCGCCACCUCUGUGAGGAAGCAGAUAUCCGGUGUGGGGUGGAUGAAGUGUCGGUGCAUAACUUCUUGCCCAACUAUAACACAUUCAUGGAAUUUGCCUCUGUUAGUAAUAUGAUGUCAACAGGAAGAGCAGCACUUCAGAAAAGAGUGAUGGCACUUCUAAGGCGCAUUGAGCAUCCCACUGCAGGAAACACAGAGGCUUGGGAAGAUACACAUGCAAAGUGGGAACAAGCUACAAAGCUAAUCCUCAAUUACCCAAAAGCCAAAAUGGAAGAUGGCCAGGCUGCUGAAAGCCUUCAUAAGACCAUCGUUAAGAGGCGAAUGUCUCAUGUGAGUGGAGGAGGAUCCAUAGAUUUGUCUGACACAGACUCCCUACAGGAAUGGAUUAACAUGACUGGCUUCCUUUGUGCCCUUGGAGGAGUGUGUCUACAGCAGAGAAGCAAUUCUGGUCUGGCAACCUAUAGCCCACCAAUGGGCCCAGUGAGUGAACGAAAGGGUUCCAUGAUCUCAGUGAUGUCCUCAGAGGGAAAUGCUGAUACACCUGUCAGUAAAUUUAUGGAUCGGCUGCUAUCCUUAAUGGUGUGUAACCAUGAAAAAGUGGGACUUCAAAUACGGACCAAUGUUAAGGAUCUGGUGGGUCUAGAAUUGAGUCCUGCUCUUUAUCCAAUGUUAUUUAACAAAUUGAGGAAUACCAUCAGCAAGUUCUUUGACUCCCAAGGACAGGUUUUAUUGACUGAUACCAAUACUCAAUUUGUAGAGCAAACUAUAGCUAUAAUGAAAAACUUACUAGAUAAUCAUACUGAAGGCAGCUCUGAACAUCUGGGACAAGCUAGCAUUGAAACAAUGAUGUUAAAUCUGGUCAGAUAUGUUCGUGUACUUGGGAACAUGGUCCAUGCAAUUCAAAUAAAAACGAAACUGUGUCAGUUAGUUGAAGUAAUGAUGGCAAGGAGGGAUGACCUUUCAUUUUGUCAAGAGAUGAAAUUUAGGAAUAAAAUGGUAGAAUACCUGACAGACUGGGUUAUGGGAACAUCAAACCAAGCAGCAGAUGAUGAUGUUAAAUGUCUUACAAGAGAUUUGGACCAGGCAAGCAUGGAAGCAGUAGUUUCACUCCUGGCUGGUCUUCCACUGCAGCCUGAGGAAGGAGAUGGUGUGGAAUUGAUGGAAGCCAAAUCACAGUUAUUUCUUAAGUAUUUUACAUUGUUUAUGAAUCUUUUGAACGACUGUAGUGAAGUUGAAGAUGAAAAUGCACAAACAGGUGGUAGGAAACGUGGCAUGUCUCGGAGACUGGCAUCACUAAGACAUUGUACUGUCCUUGCAAUGUCAAAUUUACUAAAUGCUAACGUGGACAGUGGCCUCAUGCACUCCAUAGGUUUGGGUUAUCACAAAGAUCUCCAGACAAGAGCUACAUUUAUGGAAGUUCUGACAAAAAUCCUCCAACAAGGCACAGAGUUUGACACACUUGCAGAAACUGUGUUGGCAGAUCGGUUUGAGAGACUGGUGGAAUUGGUCACGAUGAUGGGUGAUCAGGGAGAGCUCCCUAUAGCUAUGGCUCUGGCCAAUGUGGUACCUUGUUCUCAGUGGGAUGAACUAGCUCGAGUUCUAGUGACUCUAUUUGAUUCUCGACAUUUACUCUACCAACUGCUCUGGAACAUGUUUUCUAAGGAAGUAGAAUUGGCAGACUCCAUGCAGACUCUUUUCCGAGGAAACAGCCUAGCCAGUAAAAUAAUGACCUUCUGUUUCAAGGUAUAUGGUGCUACCUACCUACAAAAACUCCUGGAUCCUUUAUUACGAAUUGUGAUCACAUCCUCUGAUUGGCAGCACGUUAGCUUUGAAGUGGAUCCUACCAGAUUAGAACAGUCAGAGAGUCUGGAAGAAAACCAGAGGAAUCUCCUUCAGAUGACUGAAAAGUUCUUCCAUGCCAUUAUCAGUUCCUCCUCAGAAUUUCCCCCACAGCUUCGAAGUGUAUGCCAUUGCUUAUACCAGGUGGUUAGCCAGCGUUUCCCUCAGAACAGCAUCGGUGCAGUAGGAAGUGCCAUGUUCCUCAGAUUUAUCAAUCCUGCCAUUGUCUCACCAUAUGAAGCAGGGAUUUUAGAUAAAAAGCCACCACCUAGAAUUGAAAGGGGCUUGAAGUUAAUGUCAAAGAUACUUCAGAGUAUUGCCAACCAUGUUCUUUUUACAAAAGAAGAGCAUAUGAGACCUUUCAAUGAUUUUGUGAAAAGCAACUUUGAUGCAGCACGAAGGUUCUUCCUUGAUAUCGCGUCUGAUUGUCCUACAAGUGAUGCGGUAAAUCAUAGUCUUUCCUUCAUCAGUGAUGGCAAUGUGCUUGCUUUACAUCGUCUCCUUUGGAAUAAUCAAGAAAAAAUUGGCCAGUAUCUUUCCAGCAACAGGGAUCAUAAAGCUGUUGGAAGAAGACCUUUUGAUAAGAUGGCAACACUUCUUGCAUACCUGGGUCCUCCAGAACACAAACCUGUGGCUGAUACACACUGGUCCAGCCUUAACCUUACCAGUUCAAAGUUUGAGGAAUUUAUGACUAGGCAUCAAGUACAUGAAAAAGAGGAGUUUAAGGCUUUGAAAACAUUAAGUAUUUUCUACCAAGCUGGGACUUCUAAAGCUGGGAAUCCUAUAUUUUAUUAUGUUGCGAGGAGGUUCAAAACUGGUCAGAUCAAUGGUGAUUUGCUGAUAUACCACGUCUUGCUGACUUUAAAGCCAUAUUAUGCAAAGCCAUAUGAAAUUGUAGUAGACCUUACCCAUACUGGGCCUAGCAAUCGCUUUAAAACGGACUUUCUUUCCAAGUGGUUUGUUGUUUUUCCUGGCUUUGCUUAUGACAAUGUCUCUGCAGUCUAUAUCUAUAACUGUAACUCCUGGGUCAGGGAGUAUACCAAGUAUCACGAGCGGCUGCUCACUGGCCUCAAAGGCAGCAAAAGACUCGUUUUCAUAGACUCUCCUGGGAAACUGGCUGAGCACAUAGAGCAUGAGCAACAGAAAUUACCAGCUGCCACCUUGGCUUUAGAAGAGGAUCUGAAGGUAUUCCACAAUGCUCUCAAGUUAGCUCACAAGGACACCAAGGUUUCUAUUAAAGUUGGUUCUACUGCUGUUCAAGUAACCUCAGCAGAGCGAACAAAAGUCCUGGGACAAUCAGUCUUUCUAAAUGAUAUCUACUAUGCUUCUGAAAUUGAGGAGAUCUGCCUAGUGGAUGAGAACCAGUUCACCUUAACUAUUGCAAACCAGGGCACACCACUCACCUUCAUGCACCAGGAGUGCGAAGCCAUUGUCCAGUCUAUCAUUCACAUCCGGACACGCUGGGAGCUGUCUCAGCCUGACUCCAUCCCCCAGCACACCAAAAUUCGGCCAAAAGAUGUCCCUGGGACACUGCUCAAUAUCGCAUUACUUAAUUUAGGCAGCUCAGAUCCUAGUUUACGGUCAGCUGCCUAUAAUCUUCUGUGUGCCUUAACUUGUACCUUUAAUUUAAAAAUCGAGGGCCAGUUACUAGAGACAUCAGGUCUAUGUAUCCCUGCCAACAACACUCUUUUUAUUGUCUCUAUUAGUAAGACACUGGCAGCCAAUGAGCCACACCUCACCUUAGAAUUUUUGGAAGAGUGUAUUUCUGGAUUUAGCAAAUCUAGUAUUGAAUUAAAACACCUUUGUUUGGAAUACAUGACUCCAUGGCUGUCUAACCUAGUCCGUUUUUGUAAGCAUAAUGAUGAUGCCAAACGACAGAGAGUUACUGCUAUUCUCGAUAAAUUGAUAACAAUGACUAUAAAUGAAAAACAGAUGUACCCAUCUAUUCAAGCAAAAAUAUGGGGGAGCCUUGGGCAGAUUACAGAUCUCCUUGAUGUUGUACUAGACAGUUUCAUCAAAACCAGUGCAACAGGUGGCUUGGGAUCAAUAAAAGCUGAGGUGAUGGCAGAUACUGCUGUAGCUCUGGCUUCUGGAAAUGUGAAAUUGGUUUCAAGCAAGGUUAUUGGAAGGAUGUGCAAAAUAAUUGACAAGACAUGCUUAUCUCCAACUCCUACUUUAGAACAACAUCUUAUGUGGGAUGAUAUUGCUAUUCUAGCACGCUACAUGCUAAUGCUCUCCUUCAACAACUCCCUCGAUGUGGCAGCUCAUCUCCCCUACCUCUUCCAUGUUGUUACUUUCUUAGUAGCCACAGGGCCACUGUCCCUGAGAGCAUCUACACAUGGAUUGGUCAUUAAUAUCAUUCAUUCUCUGUGUACUUGUUCACAGCUUCAUUUUAGUGAAGAAACCAAGCAAGUUUUGAGACUCAGUUUGACAGAAUUCUCAUUACCCAAGUUUUACUUGCUGUUUGGCAUUAGCAAAGUGAAGUCAGCUGCUGUCAUUGCAUUUCGUUCCAGUUAUCGGGACAGGUCAUUCUCUCCUGGCUCCUAUGAGAGGGAAACAUUUGCUUUGACAUCCUUGGAGACAGUCACAGAAGCUUUGUUGGAGAUCAUGGAGGCAUGUAUGAGAGAUAUUCCAACAUGCAAGUGGCUGGAUCAGUGGACAGAGCUAGCUCAAAGAUUUGCAUUCCAGUAUAAUCCAUCCCUGCAACCAAGAGCUCUUGUGGUCUUUGGCUGUAUUAGCAAACGAGUAUCUCAUGGGCAAAUAAAGCAGAUAAUCCGUAUUCUUAGCAAGGCACUUGAGAGUUGCUUAAAAGGACCUGAUACUUACAACAGUCAAGUUCUGAUAGAAGCUACAGUAAUAGCACUAACCAAAUUACAACCACUUCUUAAUAAGGACUCCCCUCUGCAUAAAGCCCUCUUUUGGGUGGCUGUGGCUGUGCUGCAGCUCGAUGAGGUCAACUUGUAUUCAGCAGGCACUGCACUUCUUGAACAAAACCUACACACCUUGGACAGUCUCCGGAUAUUCAAUGACAAGAGUCCAGAGGAAGUAUUUAUGGCAAUCCGGAAUCCUCUGGAAUGGCACUGCAAGCAAAUGGAUCAUUUUGUUGGACUCAAUUUCAACUCUAACUUUAACUUCGCACUGGUUGGACAUCUCUUAAAAGGGUACAGGCAUCCUUCACCUGCCAUUGUUGCAAGAACAGUUAGAAUUUUGCAUACACUACUAACUCUGGUUAACAAACAUAGAAAUUGUGACAAAUUUGAGGUGAAUACACAGAGCGUGGCUUACUUAGCAGCGUUGCUCACAGUGUCUGAAGAGGUUCGAAGUCGCUGUAGCCUAAAACAUAGAAAGUCUCUUCUUCUUACUGAUAUUUCAAUGGAAAAUGUCCCUAUGGAUACAUAUCCCCUUCAUCAUGGUGACCCUAGCUAUAGGACACUAAAGGAGAAUCAGCCAUGGUCCUCUCCCAAAGGUUCUGAAGGGUACCUUGCAGCCACCUAUCCAAAUGUGGGCCAAACCAGUCCUCGAGCCAGAAAAUCCAUGAGUUUGGACAUGGGACAGCCUUCUCAGGCCAACACUAAGAAGUUACUUGGAACAAGGAAAAGUUUUGAUCACUUGAUAUCAGACACAAAGGCUCCUAAAAGGCAAGAAAUGGAAUCAGGGAUCACAACACCCCCCAAAAUGAGGAGAGUAGCAGAAACUGAUUAUGAAAUGGAAACUCAAAGGAUUUCCUCAUCACAACAGCAUCCACAUUUACGUAAAGUUUCUGUUUCUGAAUCGAAUGUUCUCUUGGAUGAAGAAGUACUUACUGAUCCGAAGAUCCAAGCACUUCUUCUUACCGUUCUAGCUACACUGGUAAAAUACACCACAGAUGAGUUUGAUCAACGAAUUCUUUAUGAAUACUUAGCAGAAGCCAGCGUUGUUUUCCCCAAAGUUUUUCCUGUUGUGCACAAUUUGUUGGACUCUAAGAUCAAUACCCUGUUGUCAUUGUGCCAAGAUCCAAAUUUGUUAAAUCCAAUUCAUGGAAUUGUGCAAAGUGUGGUGUACCAUGAAGAAUCCCCACCGCAGUACCAGACAUCUUACCUGCAAAGUUUUGGUUUUAAUGGCUUGUGGCGAUUUGCAGGACCUUUUUCAAAGCAAACACAAAUCCCAGACUAUGCUGAGCUUAUUGUUAAGUUUCUUGAUGCCUUGAUUGACACGUAUUUGCCUGGAAUUGAUGAAGAAACCAGUGAGGAGUCCCUCCUGACACCCACAUCUCCUUAUCCUCCUGCAGUGCAGAGCCAGCUUAGUAUUACUGCUAACCUUAACCUUUCUAAUUCCAUGACCUCACUUGCAACUUCCCAGCAUUCCCCAGGAAUCGACAAGGAGAACGUUGAACUCUCCCCCACCACUGGGCACUGUAACAGUGGACGAACUCGCCAUGGAUCCGCAAGCCAAGUGCAGAAACAAAGAAGUGCUGGCAGUUUCAAACGUAAUAGCAUUAAGAAGAUCGUGUGAAGCUUUCUUUCUUUCCUUUUUCAAACAGACUUGACUUUACACGGGCUCUUCACUAGUGACCCCUUCACCACCGUGCUGUGAUGCUGCACUUCCUGUUUUACAAUGAGCCCAUCCAGUCUGCCAUGUUGCCAGAUGAUCAAAUCUUGGAAGCAUUGCCUAAACUUAAUGCUGCUUUUUCUUUAACGUUUUUUUCCUUCUGUUUUUGGCGUGUGUCUGGUUUAAGCAAGUUUUCAAAACAACUGCAAAGACAGUGGGAGAUCCAGACACUUGAACUGAGAACAUCCUGAUUGUGAGCAAGAGGAUGAAUUCUUGAAUCCUGCUACUACUGGCCAGCUAUGAAAGCCAUUUGCACAGAGCUCUGCCUUCUAUUUUUUCCCCUUCAUCAUACAAAGUAAAGUGUUAGUCUUAUUUACACACUUUUCAAGGUAGAAGUUUAUGGGAAAAAUAAUACUAUAAUCCCAGUAUGUUUAAUCUGACUUUUAGCUGUGUACUUUUUUUACCUUACAAAACUGAAGGAAUGAUGGAGGUCAAGCCUCAGUGACUUCAUACCAUAAAGCCACAGGCAAGGAGCUGCACUAAAAUGGAAUGUUUGACAACAGAACAACUGAGACUAUACAGAAGCUAAGACUCAAGCUGAGUUUAGAAAUAGAUCGUUAACAGCCAGUGCCAAGGACGCCAAGCUACCCUUCAGGUCUUGGUUCUCACGCAACUCUGUGCUUCUGGUAUAGAUAUCACAACUACUUGGCUUCUGGAAUAAAAAGCAGUUGUAACCCUGUAAAUCAUUUUGGUUUGACCUUUUUCUUCUUUGUUGGAUAGUUUGGUACAUACAACAUUGGGUGUUGUUAUGCUACUUUGCUUUUCCCAUCAAAGUAGAGAAACUUCGAAAGGUUUACUGUUUAAAAUGUGUAUCUUUCCAUACAGAAGUUUUCCAAGGUAUGGUAUUUCUUAUUAUCUCCCUCCAGUGUAAUGAACUCACUUGAAGUACCUCAUGAAACGAUCAGCGUUGCACAAAUCAAAAUUGAGCCUUCUUUGAACGCAAAAAUAAUUUUGACCAGUGCACCCUGGGAAUUUGAAAACUUACUAAGAUUUCAAAUUUACCUUGUUUAAAGAACUGAUUUUGAGGAAAAUCUCACUUUCCAAGUAACUAAAAUGAACAUGAGUUAAGCAUACUCCCCAGUGUGCUUUGCUUGAGAAAACAAACACUUUUUUAAGCCUCAAAACUGUAAUCUACACAAGAAAUUUUGAAGUUCAGAGCAAGUUGCCCAUUUUGUGUAAUUUGAAAGGUCACUCUAAGUCAUUCUAAGGCCAUUCUAGGUAGGUAGGUAUUUUCCCCUGACUUUUUAAAGAGGAAAAUGGUAACUCACCAUCUUUUCCUAUUUAAUUUACCCACAUUACCAGUGUUCCCGUCCCAGGACAUGACCUUGUUUGCCAACACUGCAAGGCAGUUCACUAGCUUUGGGGGACCUGGUGAGUGCUCUGUCCUUCACCCACUUAACACCUCUUCAUUACCAAAUGUUGGCUCUGAGGGUCCUGAGCCUGGCACCAAGGAUGCCACAGCGACUGUCAGCUUCUACCCCCACCGGUGGAUGUGCAGGGGCAGACUGAAUAUAAGCCAGCAACCCUUCCUGUUUCAUGGGUUUUAGGGUUUUUCAAUUUUGUUUCAGCUUUUUUGUUUUUACAUUCCCCACCCACCCCCCAAUAAUGAGGCAUGUCUUAUUCAAUGUUAUGCAAUGGACUUAUACAAAAAUUCACUCCUAGUGUCAGCCACACAAUUUUUUUUAAUGCAGUAUAUUCACCUGUAAAUAGUUUGUGUAAAAUUUGACAGAAAAGUAUAUUUACUACACUGUAAAUACAUGUGAUGAUAUAUUGUAUUAUUUUGCUUUUUUGUAAAGCAGUUAGUUGCUGUACAUGGAUAACAAACAAAAAUUUGAUUAUUCUCGUGUUAGUAUUGUUAACUUCUUCCUGCGACUGCGUUACAUCAUUUAAAGAAAAUGUUAUGUAUUGUAAACUUACAUUGUAUAUGAUACCUUCCUGUCCUUUCCAUGAAGGCCUACACUUGGCAGUUCCCUUGUCUGCAACCUUGUUAAUAUUGUAAGCAGUUGUAAGCCAGCUGGAGAAACCUUGCCCGACAGACCAAGCUCUAUCAAUAGAGGGGGAAUUGUAGAGAUCCAUUUCAGACCAUUGUUGUUCCCGCCCUAUUUUCCUCCCUGUGUAUGUACCUCACCCCCUCCCUUUUUUUUUAAGUAAAAUGUAAAUUCAAUCUGCUCUAAGAUGUGGAGAGUUAUUUGAUUUCUUC